UGCCAUUACUGAAAUGGAUGAACACAAUCAUCCCAUUCAUACCUACCAGGUAUGUAAUGUGAUGGAACCAAACCAAAACAACUGGCUUCGAACAAACUGGAUUUCCCGUGAUGCUGCACAGAAAAUUUAUGUGGAAAUGAAGUUUACCCUGAGGGACUGCAACAGUAUUCCAUGGGUAGUGGGAACCUGCAAGGAAACUUUUAAUCUCUACUACAUGGAAUCAGAUGAGUCUCAUGGAUUAAAAUUCAAGCCAAACCAGUACACUAAAAUUGAUACUAUUGCGGCUGAUGAGAGCUUUACUCAGAUGGACUUGGGUGAUCGCAUUCUUAAACUCAACACAGAAGUUCGUGAGGUUGGGCCAAUAAACAAGAAAGGAUUUUAUCUUGCAUUUCAGGACAUUGGAGCAUGUAUUGCUUUGGUCUCAGUCCGUGUUUAUUACAAGAAAUGCCCUUUCACAGUCCGUAACUUGGCCGUGUUUCCUGAUACUAUUCCAAGGGUUGAUUCUUCCUCUCUGGUGGAAGUGCGAGGCUCCUGUGUGAAGAGUGCUGAGGAACGUGAUACUCCAAAAUUGUAUUGUGGAGCAGAUGGGGAUUGGCUUGUGCCUCUUGGACGAUGUAUCUGCAGUGUAGGAUAUGAAGAACUGGAUGGUUCCUGUCACGCUUGCAGGCCUGGAUUCUAUAAAGCAUUUGCUGGAAAUGUAAAGUGCUCCAAGUGCCCUCCACACAGUUCAACCUAUGUUGAAGCAACUUCAGUCUGUCAGUGUGAAAAAGGUUACUUCAGAGCUGAGAAAGAUCCACCGACUAUGGCAUGUACCCGGCCACCUUCUGCUCCCAGGAAUGUGAUUUUUAACAUUAACGAAACAGCUCUCAUGUUGGAAUGGAGCCCACCAAGUGAUACCGGAGGAAGAAAAGAUCUCACUUACAGUGUCAUCUGUAAGAAAUGUGGGUCAGAUGCCAGCCAGUGUGAAAUAUGUGGGGGAGGAAUCCGCUUCAUCCCCAGGCACACAGGUCUCAUCAACUCCUCCGUGACGGUGCUGGACUUCGUGUCACAUGUGAACUACACCUUUGAAAUCGAGGCCACAAAUGGCGUCUCGGAGUUGAGUUUCUCUCCCAAGCAGUUCACAGCUAUCACAGUUACCACAGACCAAGAUGCACCCUCCUUGAUAGGUAUGGUAAGGAAAGACUGGGCUUCCCAAAACAGCAUUGCCCUCUCCUGGCAAGAGCCGGACUUUCCCCAUGGAGCCAUUCUGGACUACGAGAUCAAGUACUAUGAGAAAGUCUACCCACGGAUAGCGCCGGCAUUUUGGCACUACCUGCGGGUAGAAGAGCAUGAGCAACUCAGCUAUUCCUCCACAAGGUCCAAGGCUCCAAGUGUUAUCAUCACAGGUCUCAAGCCAGCCACCAAGUAUAUAUUUCAUAUCAGAGUCAGGACGGCAGCAGGAUACAGCGGCUAUAGCCAGAAGUUUGAAUUUGAAACUGGAGAUGAAACUUCUGAUAUGGCUGCAGAGCAGGGACAGAUUCUCGUGAUUGCCACUGCUGCUGUUGGUGGAUUCACUCUCCUGGUCAUCCUCACUUUGUUCUUCCUGAUCACUGGGAGAUGCCAGUGGUACAUAAAGGCCAAAAUGAAAUCUGAAGAGAAAAGAAGGGCUCAUUUGCAAAAUGGAAAUUUACGUUUCCCAGGAAUCAAAACAUAUAUUGAUCCAGACACAUAUGAAGACCCAUCUCUUGCUGUCCAUGAAUUUGCAAAGGAGAUAGAUCCUUCAAGAAUUCGUAUUGAGAGAGUUAUUGGGGCAGGUGAAUUUGGGGAAGUAUGCAGUGGACGUCUGAAGACACCAGGAAAAAGAGAGAUACCUGUUGCAAUUAAAACUCUAAAAGGUGGUUAUAUGGACAGGCAAAGAAGAGAUUUCCUGAGAGAAGCUAGUAUAAUGGGUCAGUUUGAUCACCCAAAUAUAAUUCGUCUUGAAGGAGUUGUUACAAAAAGAUCCUUUCCAACCAUUGGGGUGAAGUCUCUUUCAAGAUUCCUGAGGGCGGGAUUUUUAAAUAGCAUCCUGACCUCACAUCCAGUCUCAGGGGGUGGAUCUUUACCCCCCAGCAUUUCCUCUGGCAGACCAGUAAUGAUUGUAGUUGAAUACAUGGAGAAUGGAUCCCUUGACUCCUUUCUGCGGAAACACGAUGGCCACUUCACAGUCAUCCAGCUGGUGGGCAUGCUGCGGGGAAUUGCAUCUGGCAUGAAGUACCUCUCAGACAUGGGCUAUGUACACCGUGAUCUGGCUGCCCGUAACAUUUUGGUCAACGGCAACCUCAUGUGUAAAGUCUCUGACUUUGGUUUGUCACGGGUGUUGGAGGAUGAUCCUGAAGCUGCUUACACAACAAGUGUAAGUUUGUCUUAUCUAUUUUGAACAGUCUGUUGCCUUGUGCCCCUUUUGUUUCAGAUUUAUCUAUGCCCUAGAAAUAAUGGAUUGAAUUGGCUAACUUCAUUUAUCUUCAGUUACAAAGAUAUGCACAUACAGAAGGGGAGGAAAACCUCUCACUGCUUCAUCUCAUGGAAGGCUUGCAUCUUAAAUUUAAUAUAAUUUAGCUUACCUUCUAUUGGAGUAUGUAGGACCUUUUUGUCAAGGUUUAAGUCUCAUCUCAUUAAUACUUAAAAAUUCAUCAUGCAUUACAAGGAAAUUUGUUUUUGUAACAGUGAAUAUUUGUGGGUUUGUUGGUUGGUUGGCUGGUUUGUUGGUUGGUUGAAUUUUUUCCUUCGGUGAAGUAAAAUCUGGAGAAGCUUGUUCAAAUUUGACUUAAAAGAAAAACUAAACUUCAACUACAGUAUGAAGCAGAUAGGGAACGGAUCACACUGAUGCCAGUAAAAUGUCAAGCUCAGAUGCAGCACUUUUUCAUCGCAGCAAAGUAUUCAACAACAUUCCUCUUGUGAUUAUCACCACAACAUUAAGAAUCUCAGUAAACUGAUUUCAAGUAACUUUAAUUUCUAUCAGUGAAACUAAAAUUAUUUCAGAGCCAAGUGCACUGAACUUAUACAAGGCUGCUCCAAAAGUAAUGCCUCCUAUUGUAGGGUGCUAACCCACAAUGUCAGAGGCAGAU